GAUUUUGUUCUAUCAUCCAUGUUCGUCACAAUACUGAAACUUUUGUAGUAACUGAUCAACUAUUCUGUUCAUUAUUGAAUACUUUUUAAUAAUUAAUUCAAAAAAAGAAAAAAAAUUAUUCUCUAUUCAAUAUGUUUUGGUCAGAAUUCAUAAUAAGUUGAUAUAAUAAAUUAGACACAUUUGUAUUAUUUGCUUGGAAAGGAAUGUAAAGACAGAGAACGUAUAUGAAAAUUUAUUUAGCAGAUUGAAUAAACUAAACUAAAUGUAGUAAAUGUAACAUUAUGAAUGUUGUGUCUAACCGAGGCAUAAGAAAGUAUGGUAUAUUUUGAAUGCUUGCAUAUGCAAACCUGAAAAACAGCUGAUAAAUUUAGUUUUCGUACCUUAUUUUUCACAUAUAAAUCACAUUAAGCGAUAGCGAAGUAAAGUUAUUAACUUAUCAUAGAAAAUAUAAAAAAACAUUUAUAUAUAUAUAUAAAUUUAAUAGCUAUUUAUUCCAUCAAAAUUGUUAUUUUUAACAUUAAAACACAUAAGGAAAUUCCAAUAGAAUGUCCAAAGACGAUAGAGAAUUGGAUUUGUCAAAUGCUGGCCGAGGUGUAUGGUUGGUUAAAGUGCCGAAAUACAUAGCACAAAAAUGGUCAAAAGCCCCAUCAAACAUGGAUGUUGGGAAAUUACGAAUUACUAAAACGCCAGGACAAAAAGCGCAAGUUUCUUUAUCACUAACACAAGCAGUUGUAAAUCUGGAUCCAGAGGAAAAAAUUCCUACUGAACAUAUAUUAGAUGUGUCGGUUGUAACUAAACAAACUUUAGGGGUAUUUUCCCAUGUUAUGCCACCUGAAUCAAAUAAUUUGAGUAAUGGAAAGGAUAAAGAGGCACAAUCUGUUAGUGAAGUUGAAAAACUGUACAUGGAAGGGCGUAUUGUGCAGAAGUUGGAAUGUCGCCCAAUUGCUGAUAAUUGUUAUAUGCAAUUAAAACUUGAAUCUAUACGGAAAGCAUCGGUACCUCAGCGCAAGGUUCAGCCAAUAGAUAAAAUAGUGCAGAACUUCAAACCAGUUAAAGACCACGCUCACAAUAUCGAGUAUCGUGAAAGAAAGAAGGCGGAAGGUAAAAAAGCUCGAGAUGAUAAAAAUUCAGUUAUGGAUAUGCUUUUUAAUGCUUUUGAAAAACAUCAGUACUAUAAUAUUAAAGAUUUGGUAAAGAUUACAAAGCAGCCUAUUGGUUAUCUUAAAGAAAUCCUGAAAGAGGUAUGUGAUUACAAUAUGAAAAAUCCACAUAAAAAUAUGUGGGAGUUGAAGAAAGAGUACCGCCACUAUAAGACUGAAGAUAAAAAGGAUGAUGAAAAAGCACCAACAGACAGUGAUUCGGAGUAGUAUAACAAUAUAUUAAUUUAAAGUGUAAAAAUCUAAUUUUAAUUUUUUUAAUAAAAAGAGAUUUCCCAUGUAUACAUCAUUAUCAAUUAA